AUGUUUUCAAGUAGAAUAUGUGUUAGGCCAUUUGUGGAACCUUGUUUAAGAUUAAAUCAAUUGCAAAAAUAUUUAAGUUCAGUAGCUCUUACUCGCCCCAAGAAUGAAUCUGCAAAACUUCUAAGACAUCUUCAAUUUACAGAGAGAAUACCAUUUCAAGAUGGAUUAGAAAUUCAAGAAAAGUUUGUAAGAGCUCAAUUAGAUAUGAAGAAACUUGAGAGAAAAAUUCAGGAUAAAAUGCAAGAAAUUGGUGAUGAACAUGGUCCAAACGCGAUACUAAAUGAAAAUGAGAAAAAAAUUAUAGACUAUAUUUUAAUGAUGAAGCCAAAUCCUAUAGUUCUAACGUUUGAAUUUGAGCCUACUUUUACAGGGGGUAAACGAAUUAAAAAAACGAUCACAAAGGAGCAAAUUGAAAGGUUUGAGACGUUCACUACUUCAGGGAAUCAUAUUAAACCAAAAUUUGUCCUUGUUGAAAGAGGUGGACAAAUAACAUUUCAUGGCCCUGGUCAAAUGGUAGCAUAUGUUAUUCUAGAUUUACAGAGCUUUAAAAAUUUAAGAGCUAGGGAUUUAGUAUGUAUUUUGGAGAAAAGUAUGGUUAGGGGUCUAUCAAUGUUAAAAAAUAAUCAAGAUGAUAGUGCGGCCUUAAGCUUAUUAACUGAAUCUAGAACGGGUUCAGAAACAGGCAUUUGGAUUAAAAAUACUAAUAAAAAAAUAGGGAGUUUAGGUAUUAAUGUCAGAAGAUCAGUUACAUCACAUGGAGUUUGCAUUAAUGUCGAACCAGACUUAGCAUACUUAAACAAUUUUAGAAAAUGUAGUGGCUUACCAAAUUGUGAAGCUACUUCAAUUAAUGACCAACUACCAGGAUCAAAUAUAAAUGUUCAAGACAUGGCAAUUGCAUUUACAAAAGAAUUAGCAAAGCAUUUAGGUAUUGAAAGAUUGGAAAGAAUACAAAUGACCCUAGAAGAUAUGAACUUAGACAAUGAGCAACUAGAAAAUAAUGAUAGUAAAUAG